ACCGGAAGUGUCCGACUUGUUGUGUCAGUUCCUUUGAGGCUGUCGAAGUUUUGUAGUUCCCGUGUAGCUGACCUGUCAGCGUUGUAGUACGAGCUGUCACUGCUCAUCGUUUGUUUGUCCUUCUUGGUGGUUGCGGGGUUUCGCUGGGGUCGGUGGGACACACGGGAGUUACUCGCGCUCACUCAGUGUUGCUGCUGUCAGCUAACCGGAGAGCUAACGGCUACAGUUAGCUUGACAGCUAGCAGCGUCGGCUAGCACUCGACGGUGGCUAGCAGCGUUAGCUCGGAAGACGCCCACUCCUGCAGAGCAGACCUCCGGACAACAGAGUGAACGAUGGAGGCUCAAAGCUCCAGCGGGCUGCUGCUGUCCAGAAAGAGGAGAAGAGAGGGCUCCAAUGGGGAGACCGAGGAGGGAGAGAGGCUUGGGAAAAUCCCCAGAUGUACUGUGGGAUUGAAGCACCCUGCACCUUUCGCAGAUGAGCUGGAGCCAGCUGCUACACCUUAUGAGAGAGUCAACAUGGAGGAGGCCAAGAGGGGAACACCACCUGACAGACCGGUUCGGGUGUAUGCAGAUGGCAUCUUUGACGUUUUCCACUCAGGUCACGCCAGAGCACUCAUGCAGGCUAAAUGCCUCUUCCCAAAUACGCACCUCAUUGUUGGAGUGUGCAGCGAUGACCUGACCCACAAAUACAAGGGCUUCACAGUGAUGAAUGAGGAUGAGCGCUACGAUGCCAUCAGACAUUGCCGCUACGUGGAUGAAGUGGUGCGAAACGCUCCCUGGACGUUAACGCCAGAGUUUCUCGCAAGACAUCGCAUUGACUUCGUGGCCCAUGACGACAUCCCAUACUCCUCAGCGGGCAGUGAUGACGUGUACAAGCACAUCAAAGAAGCUGGUAUGUUUGCUCCCACCCAGAGGACAGAGGGCAUCUCCACCUCUGACAUCAUCACACGCAUAGUCCGUGACUAUGAUGUGUACGUCAGACGCAACCUGCAGAGAGGAUACACAGCGAAGGAACUCAACGUCAGCUUCAUUAAUGAGAAGAAGUACCACCUGCAGGAGCGCGUGGACAAGGUGAAGAGGAAGGUGCGUGACGUGGAGGAGAAGAGCAAAGAGUUUGUCCAGAAAGUGGAGGAGAAGAGCAUCGACCUCAUCCAGAAAUGGGAGGAAAAGUCCAGGGAGUUCAUUGGCAACUUCCUGCAGAUGUUUGGCCCUGAGGGAGCUCUGAAGCACAUGCUGAAGGAGGGUAAGGGCCGCAUGCUGCAGGCCAUCAGCCCCAGACAGAGCCCCAACAGCAGCCCCACCCGCGAGGAGCGCUCCCCAUCUCCCACCUUCCGUCUCCCCUUCUUCACCAAGACCUCGCCGCCUCCCUCGCCGCCACCCCACCACAGCGGGGCCCGCGGAUACCUCAUCAGUGAUGACGACGACGAAGACGACGAAAACUAGAGCGUGUUCGAAACGUUCACUUUUGUCGGGGGGGGGGCAGCGCAGCAGCAGUCAGUGCUACCAGUUAACUGCGCUGUCGAGUAAUGUGUUUUUCAUCGAGCUCCUGCUUCCAUUUUUGUUUUGUUUGUUUAUGAUUUUCACAGUUAGUACUUCAGUGUCACGUUAACUUGAACAGCCAGUUUCUCCACCGCUCUUUGUUUUUAACAGUCAGUUAUGUCAUUUUCAUUCUCGUGCAACAGUCAGUAAACGUUACCACUAGUCACCUGAGUUGUAUGAAAAAUAAUCUCAUUUAUCUCUGUCACUUUUUGAUGUUGAGUUUAUUAGUCACUCACUGUCACUUAGGGAUAUUUGCAGGGCUUACACUCACUCGCGCACUCUCCCAUUUAUGAUGGUAUUCUUAAGGAUGGCGUAGUGAGGUAGUUUGUUUUUGUCAUGGUUUUAGCAGGAGGGAGCAGGUUUUUGGUCACUUGUUGGAGCAGCACAUCUCCAACAUCGGUGUGUGUGGGAGAGCUGAGACCUCACGGAGACACUGUUGAAUAUCUCAGAGGGGGAGGUUUUUCAGAGCGGGUCAGAAAACUGGACAUUUAAAUGAUCUGCGCGUGUGGGGCAGUUUAUAUUCUGCUCAGACUAAAAACAAACCUGUCUCUCUUUUUUUUUUUUGUUGUUCCAGUAACAGCGAAACUCCAGAUUACUUUAAAUCUGAGAGUCGAGUGUUAAACGUCUACUGGGGAGCAACGUCUCUCCCACGUUUGUCUGCCUGCUUUGGGGGCUAUGCGUGUCUGUGUGUAUGUGCAUGUGAUGUUUGUGCGUGCAAGCUCUUGUGUCGGCAUGUUUGAAAUGUCUUCUGUCAACAUUUUCCACCUGUUGACAGGUCUGGGUUCAGCUAUGCCUUUACUGCAUAUAGUAAUAAAUUUGCUUUUAUGUCUG